GAAGGCGGGCCUGCCAGUGUGUGGACUGCGGCCGCGCCAUGAACAUCUUGCCCAAGAAGAGCUGGCACGUCCGGAAUAAGGACAACGUCGCUCGCGUGCGCCGUGAUGAGGCGCAGGCCCGGGAGGAAGAGAAGGAGCGCGAGCGGAGGGUGCUGCUCGCUGAGCAAGAGGCGCGCACCGAAUUCCUGCGGAAGAAAGCCAGACAGCAGAGCGCGCUACCUGCUCUCCACACAGCAGAGGCGGGAGCUCCGGAAUCCGGUCCUGUGGACCUGUUUCGGGAUCUGCUGGUGGAAGGAAAAGGGGUGACCAAAGGCAACAAAGAGUACGAGGAAGAAAAGCGGCAGGAGAAGGAGCGGCAGGAGAAGGCGCUGGGCAUCCUCACCUACCUAGGCCAGAGUGCAGCAGAGGCCCAGACACAGCCCCCCUGGUAUCAGCUCCCCCCGCAGCGAGGAGCCCCCCAGCCAGGCCCGGGCCCUGACGAGAAGAUCAAGAGCCGCCUGGACCCGCUGUGGGAGGUGCAGAAGCAUCUGCGGAGGAAGAGGCAGCACAGCAGUGGCGGAGGCAGCAGGGACCUCCCCAGGAAGGAGCCGUGGGCGACCAGGCCGACUGUGCCGCCAUCACUGGACCAGCUCCGAGCAGAGCGGCUCCGCCGGGAAGCAGCAGAACGGGCCCGUGCAGAAGCCCUGCUGGCCCAGGUCCAAGGCCGCACGGCUCGGGAAGGUGGGCCACAAGACGAAGAAACAGACGAGCGACACCGCCGCUACAACUCCCAGUUCAACCCCCAGCUGGCCCGGCGUCCCCGCCGGCAGGAUGCCCCUCCUGCUCGCUGAUUUCUGAGGGGUACAG